AUGGUCUUCUCUAUGAUGGAAAUAGCUGUACCUAUUGCAUUUGAAAAAUGUGACGAGCCAUUGGUUUCAGGUCUAGCUCCUUCCUUCUUCAGCAGCUCAUCGUCUAUGCCAUCUACAUCAAACAGCUACGCACCAGGUUUUGCAAAGCUAAACAAAAGAGGAGGGGCUGGAGGCUGGUGUCCAUCAAGCAGCGAUCACUACCAAUGGCUGCAAGUAGAUUUCGGCAACAGAAAACAAAUCAGUUCUAUUGCCACCCAAGGCAGAUACAGCAGCUCUGACUGGGUAACCCAGUACCGGAUGCUUUACAGUGAUACCGGGAGAAACUGGAAACCGUACCACCAAGAUGGAAAUGUUUGGGCAUUUCCUGGAAAUAUAAAUUCAGACAGCGUGGUGCGGCAUGAUUUACAGCAUCCGGUGAUCGCCCGCUAUGUUCGGAUAAUUCCUCUGGACUGGAGUGGAGAGGGGCAGAUUGGGCUGAGGACUGAGAUCUAUGGCUGUCCUUACUGGGCCGAUGUUAUCAAUUUUGAUGGCCAUGUUGUAUUGCCAUACAGAUUUGGACACAAGAAGAAAACACUGAAAACGCUGAAAGAUGUCAUUGCUCUGAAAUUUAAAACCUCUGAAAGCGAAGGUGUAAUCUUCCAUGGGGAAGGCCAGCAAGGAGAUUAUAUCACCCUUGAACUGAAAAAGGCCAGGCUGGUCCUUAAUUUAAAUUUAGGAAGCAACCAAUAUGGCUCCAUUUACGGCCACACAUCUGUGACUACAGGUAGCCUCUUGGAUGACAACCACUGGCAUUCUGUAGUGAUAGAACGUCAUGGGAGGAACAUCAAUCUCACACUUGAUAGACACUUGCAGCAUUUCCGAAUCAAUGGGGAAUUUGAUUACCUGGACCUGGAUUAUGAGAUAACUUUUGGUGGCAUGCCUUCUUCUGGGAAGCCAAGUUCAAGCAGCAGAAAGAAUUUCAAAGGCUGCAUGGAGAGCAUAAUCUACAAUACCAAUAAUAUCACAGAUAUGGCCAGGAGGAAGAAAUUGGAGCCCUCUAAUGUGGGGAAUUUAAGUUUUUCAUGUGUGGAGCCCCAUACUGUGCCUGUCUUUUUCAAUGCUACCAGUUUCCUGGAAGUCCCUGGUCGUCCAAAUCAGGAUAUAUUUUCAGUCAGCUUUCAGUUUCGAACCUGGAAUCCAAGUGGACUUCUGCUGUUCAGCAACUUUGCUGAAGGACUGGGCACUGUAGAGAUCGAUCUGAUAGAGGGUAAAGUCAGCGUUCAUAUCAAUGUAACGGGGGCAAAGAAGAACCAAAUUGACAUCUCUUCAGGGGCUGGACUCAAUGAUGGGCAGUGGCAUGAAGUUCGCUUCUUGGCAAAGGAAAAUUUUGCAGUACUUACCAUUGAUGGUGAUGAAGCCUCCUCAGUUCGGAGCAACAGUCCUCUGAAAGUUUUGACGGGAGAGAAAUAUUUGUUUGGAGGUUUCCUUGAUCCCAUCAACCCCAGCCAACAUAGUUUCCUUCAGCUGUCAUUUCAAGGCUGCAUGCAGCUUAUUCAUGUGGAUGAUCAACUGGUGGAUUUGCAUGCCAUAGAACAAGGAAAGCUGGGAAGUUUUGCCAAUGUCAGCAUUGAUAUGUGUGCCAUUAUUGAUCGGUGUGUGCCCAAUCACUGUGAACAUGGAGGGAAAUGCACGCAAACAUGGGACAGCUUUAGUUGCACCUGUGAUGGAACCGGAUACAGUGGAGCCACAUGCCAUAACUCUCUUUAUGAACUCUCCUGUGAAGCCUACAAACAUUUGGGCAAAGCAACCGGUUUCUACUGGAUAGAUCCAGAUGGCAGUGGCCCAUUAGGACCUUUGAAAGUUCACUGUGACAUGACAGAGGACAAAGUAUGGACUACUGUGCAUCAUGAUUUGCAGGAACGAUCUCCAGUGGUAAGCAACAGACCCGAGAAGCAUGCUUGGCUCCAGCUCAAUUACAGUGCCACCAUGGAUCAGAUCUCAGCCAUCACUAGCAGCGCUGAGUAUUGUGAGCAGUUCAUCUCCUACUUCUGUAAAAUGUCAAGACUGCUGAACACACCAGGGGGCAAUCCAUAUACCUGGUGGAUUGGACGUGCCAAUGAAAAGCAUUACUACUGGGGUGGCUCUGGACCAGGCAUUCAAAAAUGUGCUUGUGGCAUUGAACUUAACUGCACAGAUUCCAAAUACUACUGCAACUGUGAUGCCGAUUCUAAACAAGAGAGAAAGGAUGCUGGCCUCCUCUCUUACAAAGACCAUCUACCCGUCAGUCAAGUGAUAGUUGGAGACAUUAGUCGGCCUGGCUCAGAUGCCAAGUUAACUGUGGGCCCUCUGCGAUGCCAUGGAGAUCAGAAUUAUUGGAAUGCAGCAUCAUUUGUUAAACAGUCUUCAUAUCUCCACUUCUCCACCUUCCAAGGAGAAACUAGUGCUGAUAUUUCUUUCUAUUUCAAAACGGCGGCCCCUGAUGGAGUGUUUCUUGAGAAUCUGGGGAAUGCAGACUUCAUCAAACUUGAGCUAAAAUCUGCAACAGAUGUGUCCUUUUCAUUUGAUGUUGGCAAUGGCCCCGUGGAGAUCAUUGUGAGGUCACCCAGUGCACUCAAUGACAACCAGUGGCAUCGGGUUUUAGCAGAGCGGAAUGUCAAAGAGGCCAGCCUGCAGGUGGACCAGCUCCCCAAAGAGACCCGGAAGGCACCCACAGAAGGUCACACUCGACUUGAGCUAUACAGCCAACUGUACGUCGGUGCUGCAGGCGGACAAAAGGGAUACCUGGGCUGCAUUCGCUCUUUAAGAAUGAAUGGCUUGACUCUGAAUUUAGAAGAGAGAGCAGAAGUCACACCAGGUGUGGAACCUGGGUGUUCAGGCCAUUGCACUAGCUAUGGAAUGUACUGCAGGAAUGGUGGCACAUGUGUUGAAAAAUACAAUGGAUUCAUCUGUGACUGCUCCAGAACAGCAUACGAUGGAACGUACUGCACAAAAGAUGUUGGAGCAUUUUUUGAAGAGGGGAUGUGGCUCCGGUAUAAUUUUUCAUCAGCAGGGAAUAAUGUGAAGGACUCAGGUAGCAGAACACUCUUGAGCUCAAAAGAACCAGAAAAUACUGUGUCAGACCUAAGCUUGAAUAAAGAAGAGCUCAGUUUUAGCUUCAGCACUAACAAAGCUCCCUGUAUCCUUCUGUAUAUCAGUUCUUACUCUCAAGACUACAUGGUGGUGCUGGUGAAUCCCUCUGGCAACUUACAGAUUCGAUACAACCUUGGAGGCUUAAAAGAGCCAUAUAUUAUCAAGUUAGAUCACAGGAAUGUAUCAAAUGGAGACCCUCACAGUGUUAACAUCACACGGACAGGGAAGGCGAUUACUGUCCAGCUGGACCAUUAUUCUCCGGAAACAUACACUCUACCAGGACCAUCAAACCUUCAGUUUACUUCACUGAAGUCACUCUUUCUAGGAAAAGUAAUAGAACUUGGAAAAAUUGAUCAAGAGAUCCAUAAAUACAAUACACCAGGAUUUUCUGGCUGUCUGUCCAGAGUGCAGUUCAACCAGAUUGCCCCACUUAAGGCAGCCUUGAGAGCAACGAACCUCUCCUCUCACAUCCACACAGAAGGGGAACUUGUGGAAUCCAAUUGCGGAGCAAAUCCACAAACUAUCAAACCAAUGUCUUCUGCAACAAACCCUUGGCAUUCAGAUUCAGCAGAUCAAGCAAGUGCUGAUCUCCCUUACAAUGGUCAAGUGAUAGGAGGUGGUGUUAAUAGGAAUUCAGCAAUUAUUGGCGGUGUCAUUGCUGUGGUGAUCUUCACCAUCCUCUGCACCCUGGUCUUCCUCAUUCGCUACAUGUUCCGCCACAAGGGAACCUACCACACCAAUGAAGCCAAGGGGGCAGAAUCUGCGGAGAGCGCCGAUGCGGCCAUCAUGAACAAUGACCCCAAUUUCACGGAAACCAUUGACGAGAGCAAAAAAGAGUGGCUUAUCUAAAAAUGGGGCCAUGGAGGGGGGGAAGCAGAUGGUUUUGGGAAAGGGAUCAGGGUGGGAUUGGCGAAGACUUUUUCAGCAAGAAGAAGAGAGCUCUUUUACGGACUCUUGAGCACAUCUAGUUUAAUCAAAAAGGAGAUCAGCACAACUGGAAGAGCAAGGGACAGACAAAUACUGAUACUGGAAACACAUUUUCAGAAAAGUGCUAUUUGCUAUUGAUUUACCAUGAUUUGCCCUGUCUAACAUCCAUGUAAAUGAAGGGCAUAAUUUAAGAGGUUCCCCAUUGGGUCACACUUAUUAAUAACCACCUGUCUUCUUUGUCUGUGGCUAGAGGUGUUCAAAAAUGCCUGUCAGAACAGGGGCCACU